UUCUAAUUUUCAUCAAAAGAAAUCACCGGUUUAAAAUGUACAUUUUAUAAUCAAUAAUGAUAUUCUUUGAAUUUAGAAAAUCUUAUAAGUUUUGUUUUAUUAUUUUCCGAAGGAGAAUUCAAGACUAUAUAAUAUUUCACGGUUUCCUAUGCUGUGAAUUUAUAAUGUGAUCAGAAUUUAUUUUUAUUCCACAAGAUUAUGACUAUAAUCAUGUAGAAUUUAGUAUAAAGAAGAUGAUGCCUCAUUUUGUAGCUCUGACACCCAUAAGAAGAAGAUGUUUAAUCAUACUUUCAAUAGUAUUAGUACCAUGCGCCAUUCUAAAUCUUUUAUCACCAUCAGAGUUGCAUGAAGAAACAGUUUUGCAAAAUAGUAUUGCAGAAUUACAAGCUAAAUUGGAACAUUUACAUGCUAAAUAUGUUACAAGUCAAGAAGAAAUAAAUUUAUUGUCACAUCAAUUAUUGCAACUAAUAGAAAACAAUCACAUUUUGCCAGAUCUUCAAUUUCUACUUAACAAUGUUACAUCAAAUGUGACCAAUAUAAAAUUACCAUCAAUAUAUAAUUUUCUUCCUCAUUUUUUAAAUGAUCCUAAUAGUCUACGACCAGCAUUUGUACAGACUAAAGGCCGUAGUGGAGUUAGUAUGGUCCUAGGUGUUCCAACAGUUAAAAGAGAAAUACAGACUUAUUUAAUGGCUACACUUAAGAAUUUAUUGGAUCGUAUGAAUCCUAUGGAAACAGCAGAUACUUUAAUUAUUGUGUUAAUUGCUGAAACAGAUUUGGAAUAUGUAACAUAUAUUGCAAAACAAAUUGAAGUUCAAUUUCCAGUUGAAUUUGAGGCUGGUGUAAUUGAUGUGAUAUCCCCAUCUAUAUCUUAUUAUCCAGAUUUAUCUAAAUUACGUGAUACUUUAGGUGAUGAUCAUCAAAGAGUAAUUUGGAGAUCAAAGCAAAAUUUAGAUUUUGCAUUUCUUAUGUCAUAUGCUCAGACAAAAGGAACAUUUUAUGUACAAUUAGAAGAUGACAUAUUAGCCAAAAAAAAUUUUAUAACAACAAUGAAAUCUUUUGCAUUACAAAAAAUUGCAACUAAAGAAAAUUGGUUUGUUUUGGAUUUUUGUCAAUUGGGAUUUAUUGGAAAAUUAUUUAAAUGUGCAGAAUUGCCAUGGGUGAUUCAAUUUUUUUUAAUGUUUCAUAAUGAUAAACCAGUUGAUUGGUUAUUAGAUCAUUUAGUAUCAACUAAAGUUUGUAGUCUUGAUAAAGAUAGUAAACAUUGUAAAAUGGCUAAAGCAGAAUUAUGGGUUCACUAUAAACCUUCUCUUUUUCAACAUAUAGGAACACAUUCUUCAUUAAAAGGAAAAGUACAAAAAUUAAAGGAUAAACAAUUUGGAAAAAUAACAUUAUAUUAUGCACAUGAAAAUCCAGAAGCAAUAGUAGAAACACAAAUCAAACCAUACAAACAAUAUACAUUACAAAAGGCCUAUAAAGGUGAAUCAUUUUUUUGGGGUCUUUUGCCACAACCUGGAGAUCAUUUAAAAUUUAAAUUUUCUCAUCCUAUUUUUAUAAAAAGGUACUUAUUUAGAAGUGGCAAUCCUGAACAUCCAUCUGAUAGAUUUUAUAAUACUACAGUAGAAAUAUUUACAAAAAUAUCUGCAUUUAUGAAUAGAAAUAAUAAUGAUAUUACAGAGGAUGGUUAUAUUAUUAUAGGGAAAUUUGAUGCACUUGGGAUUGCUCAAGGAACAGUAGAUCCAAAGUUAGGAAAAAUAUCAAUACUUCGUUUAACUGUACACAGUGAAAGUGAAAAUUGGGCCAUUUUAUCGGAGAUUCACAUAGUUGAAGAUCAUCCUAGUUGACCUUCAGAAAAAAUAUUUCGAAAAUUUUUUCGACAUUAUUCACAGGGAUAAAAAAGAUAAGUUAAUUAUUAAAUUAUUUUUAGUUUUAUUUUUAUGUCAUUGUGUUUUGAUAGAUUAUAAAUUAAAAAUUAUUUUUCACCGUCCAUCAUAAAAUAUCACUUAAACAUUUUUAUCAAAUAUAAUUUUGAUCUAAUCAUAAACUAAAUAUAAAAAAAAUUUUAUCUUUAAAAGAAUCUCAUUAUUGUAUAAUAUAAUAAUAUAAAUUAGGUUUUUUAUUAGUAAAAUAUAAAUAUUAUUUUUUUUCUAAAAUCAGUUUUAGAGCAAUUUAUGAAAUAUUUGACCAAUUUUACCAAUUUCUAAUCGAAACCGUACCUGCAUAGUCAAUAUAUGUUAAUUCAUUUAUUAAAAGACCACUUAUAAUUUUAUGUAUUUUUAUAAGUCUAAGAAUCUUUUUUAUAGUAAUCUUUUGCACAAGGUAAUUAUGAAUAAGAAUUUCAAUUAUUUAACAUGGCGAUAGAUAUAAGUGCCAGACUUUUUUAAGAAACAUCAACAAAUAAGUGAUUUAUCUUUUUGUAAAGGAAAAAAAUUGUUGAAAAAUAUAUACAUUUGUAAUAUAUA